AUGGCAACUGCGUUCUUCGACGACUUGGUUAAGUUGUGCGGCGGGGCUUCAAAAUCGUCAAACACCACACCUCCAAAGCCAGGCCGCUACGAGCUCACGCAGUUCAUCGACACUGUCGAGACGAUGCAAAGCCAGGUAGAGAAAGAAGUCGAGAAGAACGCUUUCGUUGUCCCCACCGCAAACUUCGUCGACAGCCUCUUUUCCGUCUCCACUGAUCCUGGUGCCGAUGCGGAGGUCGCAAAGUCUGUACUCGAACGACUCAAACAUAACGGUCUCUAUGACAAUCGAUGGUGCCAGUUUCCAGACCACCGGGACGCGACCGAGCAGUCAUUCUACCUUCCGUUCAUACGCACAGUAGCGGGCAUUGGCCGCGCGCUCAAGGGUUUGGGACACCAGCCGCGGACGCACAUCGCAUGGCCGGAGGUUUUCGACCGAACGCUCACUUCUCUCAACCCCUACGCUGCCAACGUUCGCCCUGAUAUCGUGUCGGUCCUCGGAGAGGAUCCCAACGACGGCCCGAAGGAGGAGACGGAGGGUGAAGGCAAGGAGACGAACGACAAGAAGCGCAAGGCGCCCGAUGAACAGGCACGUCAUUCGUCUUCGUGUUUCUAG